UUAAAGAAUCUACGCGAGACUAGCAGACGACAGCCAAGCGAGAGAUGUGAUCAGAAAAUUUCUCAUAGCUGCCUCGUUGGCUUGUUGCGGAUACGGAAACAGCGUCCAUUUUGUGUUUCUUUCGGCCAGGACACCGUGGUGGUGCAAACCGGUUCACAAUGGUCAAGCAGAAGAGGGAGAAGAAGUCCGCUAUCAACGAGGUGGUGACCCGCGAGUACUCCAUCAACCUCCACAAGAGGCUCUAUGGAGUCGGAGCCAAGAGGCGCGCUCCCCGCGCCAUCAAGGAGAUCCGCAAGUUCGCCGCCAAGGAGAUGGGCACCGAGGACGUGAGGGUGGACACCCACUUGAACAAGCAGCUCUGGUCCAGGGGUAUCAAGAACGUUCCCUUCAGAAUCCGAGUUCGUCUUGCCCGGAGGAGAAACGAGGAUGAGGACUCUCCCAACAAGCUUUACACCCUCGUCACCUGGGUUCCUGUUCCCACCUUCAAGAAAUUGCAAACUUUGAAUAUUGAUGUGAGUCAGGAAUAAAGAAGUAUUUGUAUAAACUAAA